AAAGUCAAGUAAUUUACGAAAGGGAGUAGCAAAUAAAUGAAAAUUAGCACAGCCGGCAAAAGAAACAAGUGCAUGUAGUUUUAAAAUUUGUUUGGAAUCUACAUUUUUGAUUAUUAUAACAAUUUUUGAUAAAACUUCUUAUUUUAAAUUAGUCAACUAAUAUUCGACGAGAUGUCUUUGCCGCGGCGAACAAAGCAGUCAGAUCCCGUUUGCUUGAAUUUUCAUGAGAGUUGCUUGCGUAUGUCCGAUGUACAGUUGUUGCAAGGACCACACUGGCUUAAUGAUCAGAUCAUCUCAUUCUAUUUCGAAUACCUAGAAAGAGUUAAGUACAAAAAUAAUUCAGAAAUGUUAUUUGUCUCACCUGAAGUAACUCAAUGUAUGAAGCUCGUGAGUGAAGAUGAAUUAACAACGUUAUUAAAUCAAUUGGAUGCUGCAUCUAAAAUGUUUAUAUUGUUUGCAUUAAAUGACAAUACCACGACACUAGCAGGUGGUACGCAUUGGUCAUUAUUUGCUCUUUCAAGACCAGAGAAAACAUUCUUUCAUUUUGAUUCGCAUAGCAAUCAAAACUCUGAAGCGGCACACCAAUUUAUGCAACAAGUUAAAGAUGCGCUACAUUGUAAGAAGUUUAAUUUGAAAUCAGUGAAAUGUUUGCAACAAGCAAACAGUUAUGACUGCGGUAUUCAUGUACUAUGUAUGGCUGAUAACAUUGCUGAUCAUGUUAACAGAUUCGAGUGUAUAGAAGAUGUCGCUUUGUUGCAUCAGGAUGCAGUUAAAGGCAAACGUUCUGAAUUAUUAAAAUUAAUACACACUUUAGGUGGGAAAUUGGGUUAAAAAUAAUUAAACAUAUAUUUGUUAAAAAACAAAGAAAUCAUGUAGUUUAGAGAAACAAUUUGUUACUAAGUUUAUAAUACAUAAAGAAACACAAAUAAAUAAGAAAUUAGUAUUAAUACAAAAAUUUGACGUUAAAGUUCAUAUGUUGAUAUAAACAGAUUUUUGACACGGUAUUAGUAGUACGGAACGAAUAUUUAAGCUUACACUAGUUCUUAUGUAGCUUGUUUAAUGUACUCUUUGAACGUGCUGAGCCACGGUUAAUAUAAUAAUAUGUUGGCAAUUAUUUAUUGUGCACAAACAGCCAUAUUUGCCAGUCCAAAUUUAAUAUGCGUAGUGUAAUCGUCAUCAGGAUUUUUAGUCUAAUAAACAAGUUGCUUCAGAAUUACAAA